AUGGAUCGUGGAUUUGGGCAGCCCUCGAGACACUGGAGCCAGCAGGAAUGGCUCAAGAGACAUGGCAUCGCACGAAUCAACGCCUCGACAGCUGCGACUCCUCCAACAAGCCAGUCUCAAUUGAUGCCUCUGAGUACUUCAUUCCACCAUCCUCCCAGAUUUGGUAAUGGACCUCAUUCUGUAUCAGAGCAAGACCCGAUCCGAUCGAGCUCAAUAGUCAACGCUCGAGGAUCCUCUGUCGAACGGAGUAAUCCUUCCUGUCGUCGGUGUGCUUCGUUGGAGCCCGUAGCCGACGACAUCUCUCAUAUCGUCGUAGAGCUCGUCGCUGAGGUGAACGCGAUGGUGAACAACGGUAACUCUAGACCUGCGAUUCCGCCCGUCACAGACUUGCUCGAGUCGAUGCGCUGGCUUCUUCGAACCCUCUGGCAUAUGAAGCUGGACAUUCAAAACAACGCCAAUCGUGGUACCGUUGGCAGCUCAAACAAUCGUCCGCCGACGUCCCAUCCGAACGUAACUGAUGCAUACUCUUCUCGCAUACCAUCGCCAAAUCUGUUGAAAAGAGAACCCGGUUCAAGAACACCAGACAACACACCGCAUGCCAAGAGAGCACGAUAUGAGGAAUUUUCAGAAUCGCAUCCUACCUUUGCGUUGGCUGACAUUCGCCAAGUCAACAGAUCCAGCCGAGGCUCGCCUAUGCAGCCACUUCCUCCCAUGCGUCUCUCUCCGACAGCUGACAUUCAGCUUCCCGCAGACGGUCGCAUGGCUGGCUUCACUCCGCCGCCGAUCUCGGCAGUCUCGAUGGCCCCGAACAUGGCGCCACGCAGUCAACCACAGACACCACAUCACCCUUCAAGUCCGACGGCUUCAGCUACUCUAGCCCAUCUCUCUGACUUGCAGCACCAAGUGACUGCAAAGACCAUUGCUUUGCAACGCCUCGAGACCGAGUACGGGAUUCUGUCACACAGACUUCAACGUGAGCGCAACAAGACACAAGCACUAGAGGCCAAAGUCAGCGCCGCCGAGGGCGAAGUUCACGACUUGGCAAGCAAGUACGAGGACAUCACCGACCAAUACAAGACUAUCGAAACGCAAUUGGAGGACACCCAGAACAAGUUCAACGUCGAGCGAGCACGAUCGGCCAAAGAAAAGGCGCAAUGGCUUGAAAUGUUGAGGCGAGCCGACACUUUGAGCAAGGAGGCCGCUGCCGAGCGAAGCAAGUUGGUCGAGGAUGUGUCACGCCUCUCGAAGCGAUUGUCGUACUUUGAACCGGAUCUGGCACAAGAUGACAAGAAGAUGCCGAAUGCACGAGCUGCACGGGACGACGCAUCAUCGCGAGCGAUGAUCCUGCAGGUCUCAGACCAGAGCAGUACAGCCCCGGCUUAUCGUGUAUCAGGACAAGGAAUGAUCUCUGCGCUUGGCCUCCGAGGCAAGAUCGCAGCGCAGGACGACAAGAUCGAGUUGCUUCGCCUGUCUCUCGUCGAAGCUCGUCGUCGGAACGAGCAGUUGACGCACGAUAUGCGGGCCGUUUUGGCGAAACAUGGUGGCUGCAGUACGGCGAUUGUUCCGAUGCUCAAAGACAAUGAUGGCAGAGAUUCCUCGAGCGACGAUCCUGUCGCCGCCCAACCGGGUUGGCCUUUACCUGAGCGUCAUCAACGGGUACCGUCCAUUCAUCACAUGUUGAACGCACCGCCUCCUGCGGCACAUUCGAGUGUCACUGGAACGCCCUCCGAUCGUUAUGUAAGCCCGCGGGCCAAGGAGAUUGGGAGUCCGAAUGACUGCUCCAGCCCUGCUUAG